GGCUCCCCUCCACCACGCUCCAAAAUUUGUCCAGCAAUCUGUACUCGCAACCGCGGCGAAAAAGGGAAAACAACAGCAUGCAUUUCUGAUCCCGGUGGCUGCUUCACCACCUCCUGUUUCCUGUCCAGCGUGCCCUGUCCAUCCUGCUGUCCCCAGAGCUGUCCUCGUCUGUUUCGAAAGCGGCUCUUGUUGCCUCAAGGAGUCGGGCGCUUUGGUCGCAGAUUUUGCCCCGGCACCGCGCUAUCGAGCCCUCUCCCUGCCUGUCGGACUCACCUCGACGCCUUGUCACUGCUCCUCCGAGUCCUGGUGAUUGACUCGUCCAAGCUCCGCGCCCCUACUGCUCUCCCUGCUCAACAACAAACGAGCUACAAUGGCUGCACUCGGAGACGACCUCUUGUCCACGGUCAACAAGCUCCAGGACCUGGUCUUCAACACAAUCGGAAACGACUCCCUCGACCUGCCCCAGAUUGUCGUUGUUGGCUCUCAGUCUGCCGGAAAGUCGUCUGUCCUCGAGAACAUUGUUGGCCGCGACUUUCUGCCCCGCGGCAGCGGCAUCGUCACACGUCGGCCGUUAAUCCUCCAGCUCAUCAACGUCCCUGACGACUCCGCCGACAUCUCGCAAAACCCUGCGCACCCUUCCCAGUACAAUGCAAAUGUUGCGCGCCCUGGCGAAUGGGCCGAGUUCAACCAUAUCCCCAACAGGCGCUACACUGACUUUGGCGACGUCAAGCGCGAGAUCGAGAAUGAGACAGCCCGCGUCGCCGGCAACAACAAGGGCAUCACCCGCCAGCCCAUCAAUCUAAAGAUCUAUUCUCCACACGUUCUAAACCUCACCCUGGUCGAUCUCCCAGGUCUCACAAAAGUUCCUAUUGGUGAUCAGCCCCCCGACAUCGAAAAGCAGACUCGCAACCUCAUCUCCGAGUUCAUCGCAAAGCCAAAUAGUAUCAUCCUUGCCGUCUCUCCAGCCAACGUCGAUAUUGUAAACUCGGAGGCUCUCAAGCUUGCCCGCCAUGUCGACCCCCUGGGUCGGAGGACUAUUGGUGUUCUGACCAAGGUGGAUCUCAUGGACCAUGGCACCAAUGCCCUGGACAUCCUGUCCGGACGGGUCUACCCCUUGAAGCUGGGGUGGAUCGGUGUCGUCAACCGAUCGCAGCAGGAUAUUCAGGGUAACAAGCCGAUGGAAGAGGCCCUGAAGGACGAGGAGAGCUUCUUCAAGCUGCACCCAGCCUACAGGAAUAUCGCCAUGAAGUGCGGCACACGAUUCCUGGCCAGGACCUUGAACACUACUUUGAUGGGACACAUCAGGGAUCGCCUGCCUGAUAUCAAGGCUCGGCUGAACACACUAAUGGGGCAGACCCAGCAAGAACUCGCGAGCUACGGUAACAACCAGUUCAGCGGCAGGGAGCACCGGGGUUCUCUGAUUCUGCAACUCAUGACACGCUUUGCCGCCUCAUUUAUGUCAUCGAUUGACGGUACCUCGACAGAGAUUUCCACCAAGGAGCUGUGCGGAGGCGCCAGGAUAUACUACAUUUUCAACUCCGUGUUUGGUAGCUCGUUAGACACGAUCGACCCGACCUCCAACCUUUCUGCGUCCGACAUCCGCACAGCAAUCAGGAACUCGACUGGUCCUCGGCCGAGCUUGUUUGUUCCUGAGAUGGCAUUUGAUCUUCUCGUGAAGCCACAGAUCAAGCUAUUGGAGGUUCCAAGCCAACGUUGCGUUGAGCUUGUCUAUGAGGAGCUUAUCAAGAUUUGCCAUACGUGUGGGAACAUUGAACUGUCGCGUUUCCCGAGGUUACAAGCCAAGCUCAUUGAAGUUGUAUCGGACCUUCUGCGAGAACGGUUGGGACCUGCGUCCGGCUACGUCGAGUCCCUGAUCUCGAUACAGCGCGCUUACAUCAACACAAACCACCCAAAUUUCCUUGGUGCUGCCAACGCCAUGAGCAACGUAGUCAGUGCCAAGCAGGAGAGAGAACGCAAGCGCCUCAUUCAGGAGGAGCGCGAGCGAAGGGAAAGAAGACGCGCGAAAGAGCUUGGGGCGAAUGGCACGGAGGAGGCCGAGGAAGAUGAUCAUGCCGGCACCGAAAAGGCGGAGCAUGCGUCUAUCCGCAAGGCUCAGGGCAAGGGUGCGCGCAGCAUGUCACCUGCAGUGAGGGAAAACGGCGCCGGCGGUCUCACGGCCGCGCUGAACGGAGCGCGCUCCGCUUCUCCCAUGAUGCAAAACUCUCAAGCUGCUGGCGGUGCGAAGGAUUCUUUCCUGAACUACUUCUUUGGAAAGGAUGGCAUGCCACCAGCAUUCCCGCCACCGGCGCCCAACGCAAACAUUGGACGGCACGUAAGCCAGGGCUCAGAGCCGUCCAUCAGCCAGAGCUUCAGGCACCAGGAGCCCGUGCUACGCUCUCCCAUUCAAACCGCCGCACCCGUCUCCCACGAUGAUGACUUCGUCUUUGGCUCAUCCGUGCCCCGUGGUGCAGACUUUGGUGCUACCGGCGAGCCUGCCAUGACGGAGCGCGAGCAGAUGGAGACGGAGCUCAUCCGGGCCCUGAUCUCGUCGUACUUCAACAUAGUCCGUGAGUCGAUCGCCGACCAGGUCCCCAAGGCCAUCAUGCACCUGCUGGUCAACCACUGCCGCGACGAGGUCCAGAACCGCCUCGUCAGCGAGCUGUACAAGGAGUCGAUGUUCGAGGAGCUCCUGUACGAGGACGACGGCGUCAAGAAGGAGCGCGAGAAGUGCGAGAAGCUGCUGCAGACCUAUAGGGAGGCGGCCAAGAUCAUCGGCGAGGUGGUGUAGAGGCCAGAGUGACAAGGGCAGCGCAGAAAGAAGAGAAGAAAAAAGAAGGAGGGCCCAGGGGGCAGCCAAGGGAUGAGAGCUGCCCGCACGCACCCUCGAGGCGAAACGGAACGAAGAGACGAACAGAUGAUGAUAGAUGAAGGCAGGUCAGGUCAUGGAAAGACGGAAACUGGUGUCAAUUGUACUUCUAUGUACUCUACUCCCAUCACACUCAUAACCCAUCCAUCCAAUCUUCACCCGCCCGCCCAUUCAUGAACUGGGCGGGACCACAUAACAACAACCAACUCCACACUACACAAACCACACCACACCACACCACACAGCAUCUGUUCGCGCAGAGGAAAACACCGCCUACACAGGAGGGGGGGAGGUCGUCUGUAUAUAGAACAGGCAGGCAGGCAGGCAGACACGGGACUGGGACGACUUUUUUGUCUUUUCAAGAUUCACGCGUUCGAGCAACAAGACGUGCUUUGAAGCAAUUAUGAGAUCGCAGCACACCUCUGUCCAGUUGACUCGUCUCUUAAGACAAUACCGUGAGACUGAUGUUACCCGUGUCUGAGCCAGCUGACCCUAACUUCUGAGAUGAUUGUAAGGUCAAACCUAGUUUGGCUUCGGACAUGUUGAUUUACCUACUACGUAGUGUACUAAUGCAUAUAAAGAGGCAUAUAACUAUUCAGGGCUUUAGGUCAGACUUGAUGAAUUCAUUUUGUUUUUAGCUA